UGCCUGAAACCGGGAUCGGGCCCGGAGCCGGGACUGGAGCACCCCUCCUCCCUCUCCCCUCCCCUCCCCUCUCUUCUCCCCCUUCCCAGCUGGCCGAGGCGGCCCUGGACGGGUCCUCACAGGUCUGGGCCGGGGACCCCGGGGACACCUUGCUUCGCUCACCAGGGGCUGGUUCCAGGUGUCCACAGACAAUGACAGGCCACCCCUCUCUGCUGCUGCUGUAUAUGGGGCUGACCUCCUGCCUGGAUCCUUCAUCCAGCGAGGAGCAAGACCAAGAAGUCUUCCUGGACUCCCCAGAGGCCCAGCGCUUCCUGGCCAGCCGCAGGCGGAUCCCCAGAGCCAACCACUGGGACCUGGAGCUGUUCACACCGGGGAACCUGGAACGAGAGUGUCACGAGGAGAGGUGUUCCUGGGAAGAGGCCAGGGAGUACUUUGAGGACAACACUCUGACGGAGCGCUUCUGGGAGAGCUACAUCUACAAUGGCAAAGGAGGGCGUGGACGGAUAGACGUGGCUGGCCUGGCAGUGGGGCUGACCUGUGGCCUCCUGCUCAUCGUCCUGGCCGGCCUGGGAGCAUUCUGGUAUCUGCACUACCGACGCGGCCGAAGCCAGCAGUCCUGUCCCCAAGAAACCGGGCUCAUCAGCCCUCUCAACCCUCUGAGCCCCCUGGAGCCGCCGACGCCCCCUCCUCCGCCCCCACCCCCAGGUCUCCCCACCUAUGAGCAAGCACUGGCCGCCUCCGGGGUGCACGACGCACCUCCGCCCCCUUACACCAGCCUUAGGAGGCCCCACUGAAGAACAGCUUCAGCCUGGACUUCCCGAGCUGUGCCCCCGAUUCACACCGGAUUCCGGAAGUCCCCCGGGCCCCUCGGACUGCGGAGCUGAGCUUGGUGGGCGGUGGGAGCAGGGGUCGUCCGGCCUGCGGCCCACCCUGCCACACGUGUCCCCGCGUCCCGGCCCGUGCGGGCCCCCACGCUCCCCUCACUCUGGGGGCGACCGCCAGCCCCGCCUGCGGGGUAGGCAUGCGCGCGUGGAGGCCCGGACUCGGGGCGCGGGCUGGCCCGUGCGGGCACGUAGGACCCGACCCUCGCCCGCCCAUGCCCUGGGGCACGCCCGCGCGUGUCUUCUGCGACCCCGAGAAAGGAUGGGGGGGGCACAUUUGCAAGCGUGCUCGGUGGGGACGCUGGCCCUACACCCGGGCGCUGGAGUGAGCUGCUCUCUUAAAUAAAAUCCUUUGGGAAAGAGACCCAAAAAAGCUGAAACAAU